AUGAAUGAUCAAGACUCUUGUGAUUCAGCCACGACAUCUGGAGCUACAUGCCUUCCAUUUGAUGAGUAUGGGCAACUAGCAGACAAACCCAAACAGUUCAUCUGCUCGGAGUGUGGCAAGGGGUUCAGCCUCUACUCCUAUCUCACCAAACACCAGCGUUGCCACUCGGACGAGAAGCCUUUCACUUGCAUCGAGUGUGGCAAGUGCUUCCGAUACAAGCCCAGCCUGGUCGCCCACCAAGAGUGCGGCAAGCUCUUCGUCACCAAGUUCAACUUGAAGGCCCACGCCAAGGUCCACACUGGAGAGAAGCCGGUGGAGUGUCCAGCAUGCGGCCGGUGCUUCAGCAACAACCCAGCUCUGGUGAAGCAUCUCCGGAUCCACACGGGCGAGAAACCCUUCUCCUGCACCGUCUGCGGCAAGGUCUUCGCCAGCCGCUCCUGCUUGAACGCUCACCAAGUAAUCCACACAGGCGAGCGCCCGUACAUGUGUGCCGAAUGCGGCAAGGCCUUUGCCAACCAGUCCAACCUCAUCUCCCACCGGAUCAUCCACACCGGCCAGAAGCCUUACAUCUGCCCGGAGUGCGGCCGCGGCUUUGCAAACCAGUCCAACCUGGCCAAACACAAAAUGACCCACACGGACCACAAGCCCUUUGUCUGCAUAGAGUGCGGCAACGUCUUCGCCAGGAAGGAGGGCCUAGCCAAACAUUUUGAAAGGAUACACAAGAAGAAACUAGAAUUCUGA